UUUUACUCUAGCAAUUUUUCGCUUUCCUAAUUAUUCCUCUUCCUCCCUCUUCGCUACCCGCCCUUUCCCUAUCCCUUACACUUCGAAGGAUCUCUAAUUCCCCCGAACCCUUUUACCCAACACAAAAAUGAACCCUCUGAAGAUUACUUUCGGCAUCGCCACCCUUGCCGCCGCCGUGUUCGCUCAGAACUACCAGACCACCGCACCCAUCGACGUCUACCCCACCACCGCUCCGGCCUACUCGGCUGCCUCGAUCCCCAGCUCGGUUGAGUCCGCUGUCACCACCGUUGUGGAGUCGACUCCGGUCGCCCCUGGCUACUCCGCCGUCCCCGUUCCGUCGUCGGUUGAGUCCAAGGUGACCUCCGCCUACGAGACCACCUCCGCUCCUGGCUACAGCACUGCUGAGGAGUCGUCUGCCGAGGAGUCGUCGGUCGAGUCUGAGGUGACCUCCGCUGAGGUGACCACCCCCGCCCCUGGCUACAGCACCGCCGCCCCGUCGUCGGUUGAGUCCGAGGUCACUACCGCCCACGAGACCACCCCGGUUGCCCCCACCAGCUCGGCCCCUGCCAAGUGCAUCCCCCGCCCGACCACCGCUGCCCCCCAGUACAGCACUGCUCCUGUCGAGACCACUCCUGCUCCGGGCUACACUACCGUCCCUGCUAAGACCACCCCCGCUCCGGGCUACAGCACCGUCGAGUCCGAGGUGACCACUGCCUACGAGACCACCACUGCUGAGGAGACCACCGCCUACGAGACCACUGUUGAGGAGACCACCGUCUACGAGACCACUGUUGAGGAGACUACCACUGAGCAGACCACUGAGGCCCCUGGCUACAGCACCGCCGAGGAGACCACCGUUGAGGAGACCACCGCCGAGCAGACCACUGAGGCCCCUGGCUACACCGCCGUCCCCGUCCCGUCUGAGGAGUCGACUGUCGAGUCCGAGGUCACCACCGCCUACGAGACCACCCCCGCUCCUGGCUACUCGACCGUCUACGCCUCGGUUCCUCCUAGCUACUAAGUGAUCUGUAAUGUGCGUCUGAACGCGACCUUGUAAUCGAGUUAUACCCGUUUCUUUUCAUUUUUCACAAGUAAUCAAAACAUACGAUAAAAAUUUUGAAAGGACCAAGUUUUCUUUGACAUGUGGGGAUACCUAUUUGCUGCAUAUGGCGGCCCCUGCACACAUGUACAUGCGCAUGUACCAGAAGCAAGUGCUCGAAUCGCCUGCCUUUGUUGUGAAGGCUACAUUCUGCUACAAAGCCACUGGUCUCUGGUAGAGACAACUCAUUGUCCAGUCGAACAUGGACAUGCAAUGCGGGCGAUAGAGGUCGGUCAUCUCCAUGUAAAACGGCCGCAGUCUGCGCCUCCUCACAUAGUUACAAUGGCAUGGACUGCUUCCCGAUAGCGCAGAUACGAGACAUGUACCAGGAAAUAAAAUUUGGCCGCUGCCAUGCCCCA